UUUGUUUUCCCGUAAAAAUUGUGAAUACAUUCAAGUUUACAAUAGUUAAAUUUUAUUUUUGUUUUAAUUUAUCAUAAAUUGAGAAAUGACGAAGGGAUCCAAUGUUAAAAUACAAUUUAUUUAUUUAUCACUUUUAGUUUAACAAAGAUAAUAGUUUAUGUUAUUUGUACUGCUCGAAAAAAAAUGUAUCUUAAAGAAACGUUUUUUCUUUGGUCGAUUUCUAUUUUAUUGAAUCAAGACGGAUUAGCUUUGCCGAAAGGUACUAGAGUAGCUGUUCGAUUUGAUAAAUUUGAAUGGUUUGUUAAUCAAAUGUUCGGACAAACGAAAGAAAUUAAUAUAAAGAGAAAUGGUGGAGCAGAUCUUGUCGAUAUAUUUCUUACGUUUGAUUUUGAUUUUAUUAUACAAAAAGUGAGUUUAGAAGUGAUUAUGUGCAAAGAACAUUACAUCGAUUGUGUGAACUAUAGGAGUUUUGAAGUGGCAAAUUUCUGCGAGAAUGAUAAAACUAUUUCUUACUUCGCGAAAAUUGGAUAUUCUAAUCAAAAAAUGUCGUGUACAUUUCAAAAAGGACCAUACAUAUUUAAAAACUCUACAAUUAACUUGGAUACUAUAACUAAAUCGUUUGCCCUGAACUCUGAUAAGUGGUGGGAAAAGACGUGGAAAUUUAGAGUUGAUUAUUAUUUUAAUAUUACCUUGUUGGCUAUGCGUCAUUACGGAGAUGUUCAAAUCCUUCUCCUGAGUAAUCGGACUCGCAGAUAUUAGAUAAAUAUUUACUCUAAGAGUCGUCAUUAAAAUUUAUUUUUGAUACAUAUAGAUAUCACCUAAGGCCUCUAAGGUGUCAAUGGAGUAUACUAUUUAGAAAGUGCUGGUGGCAGGGUAAUCAUCCAAUUUUUUCACAACAUUUAUAUUGUACUGCAUUUAAAUCCGUAUAAAUAUUCAAUUAAAAAAUAAACGUUUUGUGCAUAUAUUAUAUUAAUUUUAAUAGUUUAU